AUGAUCACCUCUGAUGGUUUGGGGGGGGGUCUCACUGCCUCCCAGCACCCCAGGAUCCCCCCGUUGGCCCCCGGGCUGGUUUUGGGGUGCUGUGUGUCCCUGGGGGGGCUGGCAGUGACCCCCGCCGCCCCCAGGUACCGUUACACCCUGGACGAGCUCCCGGCCAUGCUGCACAAGCUCAAGGUGCGCGCGGAGUCCUUCGACACCUGGGCCAACAAGGUGCGCGUCGCCCUGGAGGUGGAGGACGGCCGCAAGCGCACGCUGGAGGAGCUGCGGGCGCUGGAGUCGGAGGCGCGGGAGCGCAAGUUCCCCGAGAACGAGCUGCUGCACCGCCUCAAGGGCUGCCUGGGCCAGGCCGAGCGCUGCGUGUCCGAGGCCCUGGGGCUCAUCAGCUCCCAGGAGACCGGGUGAGUGUCCCUGGGGUGUCCCCGGGGUGUC